ACGCUGAAGUAUCGCGAUGAACUACGAGAAUUCAGGAGCACCCGCUACCGGCGACACAUACCUUUCGUUUUUCCAACGGUCGGCGAGUGAACGGCACGUAGACACCUGAACAGACCGCGUACCUGGAACAAUCUGAAUCAGGGACUUUGUUUGGCAUCAUGUGCGACACAGGAGCUCCGUUUGACUCUCCUGGAGGUCUUUAAUGGACGUUAAACCGCUGACAGCCCGGAUUCUCAUCCGAGCACCACGUCUCGUUUUACCGGCUUCCAGCUCUAAAAUCAACAUCACGCUGAUAACGGUUUCAGCCGUUACCGGUUGGUCUUUAUUCGGUUAUUAGGUUUAAUUAUCCUCAGGAACCGUUUUAUUCAGAGGAGAUCUCGCGGAGAAAGGGAGGUUUGUAGUUUAACUGGAACACCGGGACAUGUGACGUGGUGACGUGGUGACGAAGCUCUCACCAUUAGACCCUGCAGUUUGGAGCCGAACCGGGACUUUACUAGGACCCCCCAUGAUACACCAGCACGGUUCUCUGAUGCCCCCUCUGCUCGGGGAUGUGUUCUGCCAGUGCCGCUCCGCAGAGACCCACCCUGGUGUGGACCCUGGAGGCGGGCACCCCCACCCCGGGGACCCCUUCUCAGCCGCAGCCCCGUCUGACCCCCCAACCCCCGGGCAGGCAGAGCAGCCCUGCGACAUCUGUGGAGGACCCGAGCAGGAGCACAGGCUGAAGGUGCUGUUCCAAGUCCUGGAUGUGAACGGGGAUGGAGGGAUCUGUGUGAACGACCUGACCAUCGGGCUGAAGAAGUUGGGGGUCCAUCGCACCGAGCACGAGCUCAUGAAAAUAGUGAAAGCUGGAGACAAAGACCUGGACGGACAGCUGGACUUUGAGGAGUUUGUUCAUUACCUCAGAGACCACGAGAAGAAACUGCGGCUGGUCUUCAAGAGUCUGGACAAGAAAAACGACGGCCGGAUCGACUCUCAGGAGAUCAUGCAGUCUCUGAGAGACCUGGGACUGAACAUCUCUGAGGAGCAGGCGGACAAGAUUCUGAGGAGUAUGGAUAAAAACGGCACCAUGACCAUCGACUGGAACGAGUGGCGGGAUUAUCACCUCCUGCAUCCGGCUGACAACAUUCCUGAGAUCAUCCUCCACUGGAGACACUCCACGAUCUUAGACGUCGGGGAGAGUUUGUUGGUACCUGACGAGUUCACAGCUGAAGAGAAGAAAACAGGAAUGUGGUGGCGACACCUGGUGGCUGGAGGAGGAGCUGGAGCUGUGUCUCGAACCUGCACGGCUCCUCUGGACAGACUCAAAGUGCUCAUGCAGGUUCACGCCUCCAAGAGUAACAGCAUGCGGAUCACAGGAGGGUUCAUGCAGAUGAUCAGAGAGGGAGGGGUGAGGUCGCUCUGGAGAGGAAACGGCAUCAAUGCCAUCAAAAUUGCCCCCGAGUCUGCCAUUAAAUUCAUGGCAUACGAACAGAUUAAACGAUUGAUCGGGAGUAACCAGGAGACGCUGGGCAUUGCAGAGAGGCUGGUUGCUGGCUCUCUGGCUGGAGCGAUCGCUCAGAGCAGCAUCUACCCCAUGGAGGUGCUGAAGACGCGUUUAGCCCUGAGGAAGACGGGUCAGUACUCGGGCAUCGCGGAUUGUGCCAAACAUAUCUUCAAGAAGGAGGGAGCAGCUGCUUUCUAUAAGGGCUACGUCCCCAACAUGCUGGGCAUCAUCCCGUAUGCCGGCAUCGACCUGGCCGUCUACGAGACUCUGAAGAACUGGUGGCUGCAGCGCUUUGCCACAGACAGCGCUAACCCCGGCGUGUUUGUGCUCUUGGCAUGUGGCACGACCUCCAGCACGUGUGGACAGCUGGCCAGCUACCCGCUCGCCCUCGUCAGGACUCGAAUGCAGGCGCAAGCUACCCUGGAAGGCGGCCCUCAGAUGACCAUGUCUGGCCUGUUCAAGCACAUCAUCAGGACCGAGGGGCCGAAAGGACUCUACAGAGGCCUCGCCCCAAACUUCAUGAAGGUCAUCCCCUCCGUCAGCAUCAGCUACGUCGUCUACGAGCACAUCAAACUCACUCUGGGCGUCCGGUCGAAGUGAAGAAUCAGCACUCCAAAGGUUUUUCUGUUUCCCUGUUGAGCUGAAAGUCGACUGAAUCGGCAGCUGAUAAUCAAAAUAUUCAAAAUCACUCUUAGAGUUUAAAGAAUGUGAAGAAAAGGAAGUUAAAGUUUAAAGCAGAGAGGCUCGUGACGGACGGAGGCUUCUGUCCUUUAGCGACCCUGCUGUGCUUUUCAAACCUGUUCAUGUUUGAUCAGGGAGACUCAAGUUUACAUUGAAUGAAUGAGCCAGGUUUACUGGAGUCCCAGUAACAAGUACCUGCUUCUUCUCUGUGGAGAAGACUUGAAGGGCUUUGCUGAUGCAGCAUUUCCAGCCUCUCCUGUAAGAUUUGCACAUAAAGUUCAUACGACUGAUUUGGACCCGCCCUCUGUGGGUCUGCAGACUCCUUCAUGGAUGCACGAUAUGAUCUGCGUUAGAUCUGUAUCAGCUGAUGUGAACAUUUCUGCUGAUACCGUUAAUUAUGCACACAUGAUGACAGCUUACACGUGCCAACAGCGAGCUGCUGAAGUAUUUGAAAGAUGAAAUAUCGUGCAUCCCUGCUUUGCACAUGAUGUGGAGGGAAUCCACAGCUUUGCUUAGACUCAUAGAUCAUGACAUUUCUUAAACUUCCCUGUGGAAGGAGAAACAUUUCAUCUGUUUUUCUUUAAGUCCGUGACUUUGCACAAAGGUUCUGGCAGCUUCCCACAAUACUUGACUUUCAAAUCUCCUGCAGACUGAGCGAUGACGGCCGUCCAAAUACAAACUAUAAAACUGCAAAUUUAACAAUAUUAUCAUGCUCUAAUAUUCAGUCUGCACACUUCAGGUCUAAACAUUUCUGAUCCAGACAUAUAAAGGCUGUACUGAGUCAAACACUCUCUGCUGUCCUUAAUGCAAACCUGCAGAGCGAUAAAAGUCUUCCUGUUCGUUUUGCAUUCUACAGAAGAGCUCAGUCAUGAUGUCUCUGCUUAAAAACGAGACAUUUCAUCGAUCAGCUGCCUCUCCUGUGUCCUCCAGCUGGGAUUAUCUUCAACUAUCUGUUCGAGUAAUUCGGUCUGUCAUUUCCACAACCCACAGAUCUUCUGUUUACUUUAGAGGAGGAAAGGGACCAGAAAACAUCCUCGUUUGAGAAGCUGCACCCCGAGAAAGAAUAACACUUUCAUGCUCUCUCAGUCAUGAAGACAUUCUGUAGCUGUAUUUGUCUUAAUGUGUGUGCAAUCAUUAUUUAAAAAAGGGGGGACGUUUGCCAUUUUUAGGGUGUUCUUUUGUCCCGUGCACACGACCACGCUCUGAGGUUUCACCGAGGAUUAGAGCCACAUCGAGGAGGAAAAAAUAUGAGAUUUCUACAGUUUGAGUUUUAAUUUAUGUUUAACCUGUGAUUUAUUUUGAAAGGGAACUUUGGACAUUACAGGUUUCACAAAAUAUAGAAAUAUUAAAUCUAUUCGACUACGCUGUUUUCAGCCUCCAAAUAAAAUGUAGGUUCACCACAGACUAAAAUAAAGACUUAAUUCUUGUAAUAUCACAACUUUAUUCUUAUAACAUUUAUUCUUAUUAAUUUACAACUUAAUUUCAGUAAAAUCAUGUCUUCAUUCUGAUAAAUAAAUGUACGCUUUUAUUCUCAUAAAUAAAAUUCUGAUUUUACAAAAAAUUAAUUCUCAUGAUAUAAAACUUUUUUCUCUUUUAUUUAUUACAUUUUUUUCUCGUAAUAUUCACAUAAAAUGUACAACUUUGUUCUUGUCACAACAUGACUUCAUUCUCAUAAAUUACGACUUUAUUCUGGUUAAAUAACGACUUAAAUAAUAAGACUUUAUUUUGGUGAUAUUAGGACUUUAUUCUCAUGCAGUUAUGAUUGUAUUCUCGUAAUAAAGAAACGUUAUUCUUGUAGUAUUAGUUUACUACAUUAUUAAUUUUAUGACUAUAUUUCGUCAACUUCAGUUUUGUUCUUGAAAUCUCAUAUUUUUCUUUGAUCAUGUGGCUCUAAUAAUCUGUCAUCCUGCACCCAUUACAGAAUAACAGAUCUUAUAUUCUGAGAUUCACCAUCGUUUAAUCCAAACAGCACACACUGAGCUGUGUUCUCUCAGGUUGUGUGGUUAUAAAGAAGUCAUAAAUCAAGACAAACCAACAGGAAGAGACACUUUAUCAUCACACUGACUGAGCUCUUUAAAAUGAGGCACAGCGCCCUCCUCAGGCUGAGAGCAGACACUGCAGAAAGCCUCUCUGAGUUAAACCUCGGCUUCGUUAUCACCUUUAAAACUCUUCCACAGGUUUGACUUUCGGAAAAACAAAGCUGUGUUUGUUCUGGACUCUCUAACGAGGACUAACAUGUUAAAUGUCCUUUAACGUUUCCUAAUAUCAUUGUCAGUUUAACACAUUUUCCACUGGACGUGUUUAACACUCCUUAAAGUGUCGAGACGCAGCUCUCUCCACCCACGAGUGCCUUUAGUGCCGAGCCUCUCUCACCUACACACACACCUGAACACUAGACGAGUCUGUGGGACGAUGAAUGCACUUUGAGGUACUCUGCUUUAACUCCUUUUUUAUUUAUUGCUGUUUGUAUUUAUUUAUUUAUUUAUUUGAACUAAAAAGGAUUAAAGACUGAGUUUGGGUUUGUUGAGCUGAAUGUGAAACAUUCAGGUGGGUUUUUGGUUUUAUAGUCAUCUUUGGUCUGCAGGCAGUUUUUUAAAGCCUCAUAUAUAUGGAGCCCCUGAGUGUCAGAUAUUAUAAAUGCAAUUAUUUUAGAAGAACUAUGGGACAUUCAAAACAAUUAAAGUACCCCACAUGGAUUGGCAUAUUCCUAAAAACAAUAAAAUUUAAAGAUAUUAACAAAAAAAAUAAAAAUUAUUACAGUUUCAUGUUUUUUUUACCAAAAUAGCAUGAUUGCACAAUUUAUUGACAUUAUUAUUUAUUCCACAAAAAUGUAUUUACUCUUAUUUCUUACUCUGGGGCUCCAUACAAAUAUUCCUCUCAUGACAAAAGCAGAAAAUCUGGACACCUUAUCCGCUCAGGUGAACUCAAACCUGACUAUCAUAAAAAUUAAACUUGAUGUUGAAGUGAGAGAAACAAUAUGAACAGGAUGUCAUCAUGUCGAAACCACAGACUGUAAAUUAGAGGUGGACGUAGCCUCGAGAUCUGAAGUGUCUGAGACCUGCAGUAUUUAUAAUGUCCAGCAGGGGGCGUCUGAUCCUGUAGUAGUCAAUUAUGGUCCCAUUUCUUAAAACUUAUAAUUCUUUCUUUCAUGUAUUGUCCCUACCUCUCUGUUUAUUUGAUCUUAUUCUAUUCCUUUGGUCACAUUCUAUCCCUUUUGAUAACAUUCUAUUCCUUUGGUUACAUUCUAUCCCUUUUGAUAACAUUCUUUUCCUUUGAUAACAUUCUAUUCCUUUGAUCUUAUCCUUUUGAUAACAUUCUUUUCCUUUGAUAACAUUCUAUUCCUUUGAUCUUAUCCUUCUGAUAACAUUCUAUUCCUUUGAUCUUAUCCAUUUGAUAACAUUCUAUUCCUUUGAUCUUAUCCAUUUGAUAACAUUCUAUUUCUUUGAUAACAUUCUAUUUCUUUGAUAACAUUCUAUUCCUCUGAUCACAUCCUAAGUGUAAUGUCCAGCAUGGGGCAGUUCUGCAAAUAGGAAAAGGAAGAUUGUUUAUCAGUCUAUGAAAAAGUGUUCCUCCUCCUCCUCAGCUGAUUUAUUCCCUCAGUAAACACUAAUGAGUUUAUAGUCUCAAUCUCUAGUUUCUUCUUCAACACAUCAUGAUGUUCAUUUAGAGUUGAACACUGAUUGACUUUCUGAUGGCAGCGUCCUCCUACUGUGUACAGUCUGUGGUUGAAUCACAUGUUGAAACCUUGCUGUAGUAAAAGACGAGCAGCUCUCUCUCUCUCUCUCUCUCUCUCUCUCUCUCUCUCUCUCUCUCUCUCUCUCUCUCUCUCUCUCUCUCUCUCUCUCUCUCUCUCUCUCUCUCUCUCUCUCUCUCUCUCUCUCUUUCGGGUCAGACCGUCUGAUCUUCAGGCUGCCUUAUUUACAGCGUCCACUUCACGCUACCUUCAGAGAAAGAGCAGCUCCACACCUGAUCCAUCUCUGACAUCACAUUUAUGCAUUAAAGUGUUUCCAUGCAUCGAUCCAGUGUCUUAAAGUGACGGUGUGUCGUACUGACCAACAGGAGAACUUGAACUGUACAGAUAGACUCUACCGACUGAAGGCUGCAAUGUAUAUAAGUAAAUUGUAUAUUGGUAAAUGGUGGCAUAGUUUACAAAUGUACUCAGUAUAUAUAUAUUUCUAUUUUAUUUUAUUAUGCCAUGCAGCUGUGACAGAGCACAGGAAUGAGUCUGUGAGUUGUAUAAGUUUGUAUGUAGAUGCAUCCACUGAAAGAAUGUUCUGCUGAAGAUAAAUAUGUAUGCUUGUAAAUCUCAGCUGUUCAAUAAACUCCAUCAGAAGAGUCUG